ACGGGCAUCGCCCGUGGCCGUGGCCUUGCCGGCUCGCCCUGCUCUGGAUGGCAGCGAGCUGCGUGCAGGCUGCCAUGGCUCUGGGGCUCUCCGCCAAGAAAGCCUCCUCCCGAAACAUCGCCGUGGAGAGAAAGAACCUCAUCACCGUCUGCAGGUUCUCGGUGAAGACCCUACUGGAGAAAUACACAGCAGAGCCCAUCGAUGAUUCCUCUGAGGAGUUUGUUAACUUUGCCGCCAUCCUUGAGCAGAUCCUCAGCCACCGCUUUAAAGGCCCCGUCAGCUGGUUCAGCUCAGAUGGACAGCGUGGGUUUUGGGACUACAUCCGUCUGGCCUGCAGCAAGGUCCCCAACAACUGUGUCAGCAGCAUCGAGAACAUGGAGAACAUCAGCACCUCCAGGGCCAAGGGCCGGGCCUGGAUCCGCGUGGCGCUGAUGGAGAAGCGCAUGUCCGAGUACAUCUCCACGGCACUGCGCGACACGAGGACCACGAGGAGGUUCUAUGACGAUGGGGCCAUCAUGCUGCGAGAGGAGUCCAUCGUGCUCACAGGGAUGCUCAUCGGGCUCAGUGCCAUCGACUUCAGCUUCUGCCUGAAGGGCGAGGUGAUGGAUGGUAAGACACCCGUGGUCAUUGACUACACACCCUACCUGAAGUUCACGCAGAGCUAUGACUACCUGAGCGAGGAGGAGGAGCGGGGCAGCGUGGAGAGCAGCACGAGUGAGGACAGCUCCCCUGAACACCCCUACCUGCCCCUGGUCACUGAUGAGGACAGCUGGUACAAUAAGUGGCGCAAGAUGGAGCAGAAAUUUCGCAUCGUUUAUGCCCAAAAGGGGUACCUGGAGGAGCUGGUGAGGCUGCGGGAGUCGCAGCUGAAGGACCUGGAAGCAGAGAACAAGCGGCUGAAGCUGCGGCUGGAGGAAGUGAUGGUGCAGAACCAGCUGGAGAAGAGGGAGCUGGAGGGCAUCAUCCUGGAGCUUCAGGAGCAGCUGACGGGGCUGAUCCCCUGCGAGAACCCACAGCUGGCCCAGCUCUCCAAGGAGAUGGUGGCGCCCCUAGUGAACCAGUGGCCCUCGCUGGGGACCCUCAACGGCAACGAAAGCGGCUCAGACAGCAAGCUCUACAGGAGGCACAGCUUCGUGAGCACCGACCAGCUCUCGGCAGAGAACAGCCUCAGCUCCGACUCCCAGCGCAUGGGCGAGGGCAAGCGCGAAGGCGAGCCCUGGGUGCCCUUGGGGAAGGACCCCACGCCCUCCAUGCUGGGGCUCUGCGGCUCCCUGGCCUCCCUGCCCAGCUGCAAGUCCCUGGCCAGCCUCAAGUCCAACGAGUGCCUGGUGAGCGACAGCACGGAAGCCAGCCCGACCCGCAGCCCGAGCUGAGGCUGCCGGCCCCCCGGCCUGGCCCCACCGCGGAGGACUGACCUCAGCCUCGCCCUUGCCGCCCCGGGACCAACGAGGGACUUGCCAACCCCCCCCCGGGGAGGCUGGGGUCAGGCAACCCCCUCCUCAUCUUGACACCCCGCAAUGGCUGCAGCUCGGCCCUCCCAGCGUGGGCCCUGGCUGGAGACAUGGACCCCUGUGAGCCGGGGUGUCGGGGAGGGGACACACACACCUGGGGAUAUAUACACAAGCUGUGCCGUGAAUCUGUCACUGUGGGUGAGCUCUGCUGGGGAAGCAAGGGAGGGAGAGCAUGGCCAAAACCCCUCCGGGGCCAAGGGGUCCGGCGCAGCUCACGUCCAUCCUGCUCAGCCUCCUCCUGUCUCUUCCAGUGCCCAUCCUCUGCUGGCCCCAGCCCAGGGGCUGGCCUGUCCCUCCCCUGGGGACCAGCUGUCCUCCCUUGCAGCAGCAUCCUUACAAGGGCAGUUGGCCCCACCCUCUCCCAGGUUUCGGGUUGUUUUGGGUGAUUUUGGUUUUUAAUUCAGCCCUAUUUGCCUUGUUGGAGCAAAAGGAAUCAAUAAACGC